AUAGUGUGUAUGAAGAAUCGACUACUUCGAGAUAAACAAGCGUUUGUAUAGUGAAUUUUGUUAUUGAUUUUAUAUUAUUUUAUAGUAUCUAAAUUUCUUUAAAAAAUUAUGGAUUCUCUUAUUAAAUUAACUGUCAAAACUCCUAAUCAGCAUAUUGAAGAUAUACAAAUUGAUUGUGAUUUGACAUGGAGUGUUAAAAAGUUGAAAGAUUAUCUUCAAGAUGUAUAUCCUUCAAAGCCAGCAAGUCAUUCUCAAAAGCUCAUAUAUUUAGGAAAACUACUCCAAGAUCAUUAUAUUUUAGAAGAGGUUUUUAAGGAAUGUGUUUCACAGACCUUACACAUUGUAUGUUCUGAAAAUGAUAAUUUUGAAACAAUUGGAUUGGAGUCGCUUGUAAACAACUUUAGUUCAAAUGAUGGAUUAAGACACAGAAUUCGUAACAGCAUACCUCCGGUUGCAGAAAACCAACCAGUUGUUGAUUCACAAUUUCAACAACAGACACACCAAUAUUUAUGGAUGCCGAAUCUGUCAUCUGAGCGACAACAACAACAACAAAGUAACUUAUCUGAAAUGCAAAUUCAAUAUCAAGCACAAAUGCAGUAUUAUAUGCAUCAAAUGUACUUGUGGCAACAAAGUAUUUCGUCUAAUCACUGGUCAUAUCCUACAAUAGCUCAAGGAUAUGGUUUUCAGUUACCUUUUACUCCUAUUCCAACAAUCCCAUCCUUACAUUCAGAACUAUCAUCCAAUACAUCACAACCGACCACACCUUUAGUUACAGAGGAGCAACUGCCAUCAGAAUCUCAUAUACCACAUCCUCCACAAGAACCAGAACAGGUUCGUGAGCAGAACAAUCCAGCUAAUCCCCAAGUAGAAGCUGGUCCAGGUGGAGCAAUUAUGGCUGUAAGAGAUGACGAUAAUGAUAGAAACCGUGACUGGUUGGACUGGCUAUAUUUUUCUUUACGUGGUCUAAUGCUUAUUAGUAUUGUUUACUUUUAUUCUUCAACGACACGUUUUUUUCUUGUUGCUGUUCUUGGCUUUAUUAUAUAUAUUUACCAAGCAGGAUGGUUUACCAGAAGGAAUCCAGCAGAGACGCCAGUAAACAGCGAAAGAAUUGCUGAGGAAAACAGUGAGACAGUUCCGAAUGUUCAUCGCCCUAACGUUUUACAACUAACUAUUACGUUAUUUAAAUGUUUUUUUUCGUCGCUAAUUCCUGCUGGUCCGCCAGCUUUGCAACACCAAUAACCACAAUCGUAGGAGCUUUUUAGGUUUUUAAAGCUUUACUCGCACUACGGUUAUGAUAUGUGAUGAUAUGCUGGUCUUGAAGGUAAUAAGAUAAAAAUACUGAUCAUUUUGGUUAUUUAUUGAAAAAGUGGUACGGGUUCACAGAAACAUGUUUUCUAUCAGUCUACAACUUGUUAAGUUUUUAGAACUUUGUAGUCAUCUAUUCUAUAGCUUUAUUUUGAGUUGUAUGUAUAUAUAGUAUAUAUAAUGAUAAAAAUUGUAUAUUUUUUUACA